GAGGGGCGGCCUUCGCCUCAGGGCCUCACACACGGGCAGGACCCGCCGACGUCGACGACGACGCUCGUCCUCUGGCCAUUUCUCCUCCGCAAGACUCCCGCCCGCUAUGAUGGCCGUGACCUAGACCCCCCACCGACCCCGGGGCCGUAGCCGCAUCGCGCCCCAGGGGAGGAAGCGAGAGGGACUGGAGGGCCAACCAUGACAACUCGCCACUCUGGACUCCAAGGCUCCCCGUGGUUCCUCGUUCUCAGGAUCCAAGGACGUGGCAGGCAUCGUGAUUCCCAACGGCCCCCACCGCUUGCCGGGCCCCCCCGGCCCUGCGUGCCCGCCCGAUCUGAACCAUAAUCCCCCGGGGGCUCCGGACGCUGCCCAGGGCGAGAACCGUGGGCAUGGUGAAGACUCUUCUGAGGAGGAGCUGGGGGUGGACGGGUGCUGGGGCCCUGGUGGGGUCGGGGGCAUGGCCUCGGGCCCACAGGAGAGGAGCCCGCAGAUCCCCGCCGCCUCGCCGGCCUGUUGCCGCCGGGGCUCUGGCCUGGACCCCAUGGGGGCCUUCCCUGAGGGCCAGGACCGCUCCUGUUGCGGCUCCUGCCCCCGCCAGCCCUCCACGGCCCCUGGCAGGGGCGGGGACGAGGAGGAGGAGGUGGAGGAGGAGGAGGAAGAAGAGGAGGACGGUGGUGACCCGAGCCCCUUUAGGAUUCCUGACCUCGCCGCCCGGCAGAAGGGCUCCGCCCGGCGAAAGGGCCCCGCCCGGAGGCAGCGGUCCCGCUUGGCCACCAAGGAGGACCCGCGAGAGGGGGGCGGGCGUAGGGGGCACCGGCCCGGCAGGCGAAAAUGGGGCUCUGUGGACAGGUGGUGGCUCCCGGGCCCCCGGGAGCUGUGCCAGUUGGGGGCGGCGGCGCUGUGGUGGCUGAUCGAACUGCUGGUGCUGGUGGGGGAGUACGUGGAGGCCGGCGGGCUCCUGGUCCGGGCCUGCGGCCAGCUGCGGGGCGGGGACCUGGCCCAGUGGGGCGAGCGGGCCCGGGCCCUCGGGGGCUGGGCCCGGGCGGGUGCGGGGGCGCUGGACCGGGGGCUGCGCUGGGGGGCCGGGCUCCUCGCCUGCCUGCUGCGGCUGCUGGGUGCCCUGCUGCUCCUGGCGCUGGCGCUGCUGCUCGGCUGUGCCCGGCCCGCCUACCGCCACCUGAAGGGGCUGGCGGGACGAAUGGGCACGGGGGCCUGGGCGGCCCGGCUCGCCCCCCGGCUGGACUCGCCCGCUCUCAGGCGGGGCUGGGCGGGGCUGCGCGAGGGCCGGAUGUGGCGGCACCUGGAGGGGCUGUGGGCAGGGCGGGCCGAGGAGCCGGGGGACAGGGGCGGCGGGCGCAGGGUCCAGUCCGGGGAGGAGGAGGUCUCCCGCCUGCUGGCCAUGGCCGCGGUGCCCGAGGAGCAGCUUGACCCCUUCUUGGUCCUGGGGGUGGAAGCGACGGCGUCGGACGCGGAGCUGAAGAAGGCGUACCGGCAGCUGGCCGUGCUGGUCCACCCUGAUAAAAGCCCCCACCCCCGCGCCGAGGAAGCCUUCAAGGUGCUGAGGGCGGCCUGGGACAUCGCGAGCAGCCCCGAGCGCCGGAGGGAAUACGAGACGAAGCGGAUGGCUGAGAGCGACCUGAACCGCUCCGUGAACGAGUUCCUGGCCCGCUUGCAGGAUGACUUAAAGGAGGCCAUGAAUACCAUGGUGUGCAGCCGCUGCAAGGGCAAGCACAGGCGGUUUGAGAUGGAGCGCGAGCCCCAGAGUGCCCGCUACUGCGCCCCGUGCAGCCGCCUGCACCCCGCCACCGAGGGCGACCUCUGGGCCGAGUCCAGCCUGUUGGGCCUCAAGAUCACCUACUUCGCCCUGAUGGACGGGAAGGUGUACGACAUCACAGAAUGGGCCGGCUGCCAGCGUGUGUGCAUCUCUCCUGACACUCAUCGCGUCCCGUAUCACAUCUCCUUUGGCUCCCGGACCCCCGGCCCCGCCAGCCGGCCCAGGGUCAGCCCGGAUGCCCCCCCAGCCGACCUCCAGGAUUUCUUCAACCGGAUGUUUCAGGCCACCCCCGGCCAGGCGCCCAACGGCGGCUUCUGUGCCGCCCCUCAGCCGGCUGGCACGGUGCCCAAGGGGGAGGCCAAGCCAAAGCGACGCAAGAAAGUGCGCCGCCCUUUCCCCCGCUGAGCUCCACCCCACCAGGGCCUUUUUAAAAAGUUUUUCGGUAUUUAA